AUGCAGGGAAGCACAAAUUUAGAAUCUAUCCAGAUUAUAAAGAAACCUGGAGGCUCACCGAAGGAUUCAUUCUUAGAUGAAGGAUUCAUUCUUGACAAGAAAAUCGGUAUUGGACAACCCAAAAGGAUCGAGAAUGCAAAGAUACUGGUGGCCAACACUGCCAUGGAUACAGAUAAAGUGAAGAUAUACGGUGCACGUGUUCGUGUUGAUUCUAUGGCUAGAGUUGCUCAGAUUGAAACAGCUGAGAAAGAGAAAAUGAGAGAAAAGGUGCAGAAGAUAAUAGGUCAUGGUAUCAACUGUUUUGUUAACAGGCAGUUGAUUUACAAUUUUCCAGAGGAGCUCUUUGCCGAUGCGGGGAUAUUGGCUAUUGAGCAUGCUGAUUUUGAUGGUAUUGAUUGUCUGGCUCUGGUAACUGGCGGUGAAAUUGCAUCAACCUUUGACAAUCCCGAGUCUGUUAAGCUUGGGCAUUGUGACCUUAUUGAGGAGAUUAUGAUUGGUGAGGAUAAACUAAUUCAUUUCUCUGGUGUUGCUAUGGGGCAUGCCUGUACAAUAUUUCUGAGAGGUGCUAGCCACCAUGUUCUCGAUGAGGCUGAGAGGUCUUUGCAUGAUGCCCUGUGUGUGCUAUCACAGACUGUAAAUGGCAGCAGAGUGUUGCUUGGAGGUGGGUGGCCCGAGAUGGUGAUGGCAAAGGAAGUGGAUGCAUUGGCUAAGAAAACUCCAGGAAAGAGGUCUCUUGCUAUUGAGGCAUUCUCCCGUGCACUUUUGGCUAUCCCAACAAUCAUUGCUGAUAAUGCUGGUUUGGACAGUGCUGAGCUGAUUUCUCAACUCCGUGCAGAGCAUCAGAAGGAGGGCUGUACUGCAGGAAUUGACGUUAUUUCUGGUUCUGUUGGAGACAUGGCUGAACGGGGUAUAUGCGAAGCAUUCAAAGUCAAACAAGCUGUAUUGCUAUCUUCAACAGAGGCAGCUGAGAUGAUCCUCAGAGUUGACGAAAUAAUCACGUGUGCUCCAAGGAGAAGAGAAGAUAGAAUGUAAAAUAUGGUGAAGGUACCUUGGCAUUUUCUGACGUACCAUUAGCGAGUGCUGUGAUUUUGAUAUGGUGGUUGUGAUUGGAAAAACUGUUUGUAAUGCUAAAAGUUUGUUAAUUAUGUUAUUUGAAUUUAAGAACA